AUGACAAGAGAGCUCUUGACUCUCUAGGAGGAUUUAAUGUUCAUGGGUGGAAGAGAAAUGAUAAAAGAGCUCUAGAUUCUCUUGGUGGAUUUAAUGUUCAUGGGUGGAAAAGGGACGAUGAUAAAAGAGCACUUGAUUCUUUGGGUGGGUUUAACGUUCAUGGGUGGAAAAGGGACAAUGAUAAAAGAGCCCUUGACUCACUGGGUGGGUUUAACGUUCAUGGGUGGAAGAGAGACAAUGAUAAAAGAGCACUAGACUCAUUAGGUGGGUUUAACGUUCAUGGGUGGAAGAGAGACGAUGAUAAAAGAGCACUAGACUCACUGGGUGGGUAUAACGUUCAUGGGUGGAAACGGGAUGAUGACAAAAGAGCGCUUGACUCACUGGGUGGGUUUAACGUUCAUGGGUGGAAGAGGGACGAUGAUAAAAGAGCCCUUGACUCAUUGGGUGGGUUUAACGUUCAUGGGUGGAAACGGGAUGAUGACAAAAGAGCCCUUGACUCAUUGGGUGGGUUUAACGUUCAUGGGUGGAAACGGAAUGAUGACAAAAGAGCCCUUGACUCAUUGGGUGGGUUCAACGUUCAUGGGUGGAAACGGGAUGAUGACAAAAGAGCCCUUGACUCAUUGGGUGGGUUUAACGUUCAUGGGUGGAAACGGGAUGAUGACAAAAGAGCACUAGACUCACUGGGUGGGUUUAACGUUCAUGGGUGGAAGAGAGACGAUGAUAAAAGAGCACUUGACUCAUUGGGUGGGUUUAACGUUCAUGGGUGGAAACGGCAUGAUAAAAGAGCACUAGACUCAUUAGGUGGGUUUAACGUUCAUGGGUGGAAACGGGAUGAUGAUGAAAAAAGAGCACUAGACUCAUUGGGUGGGUUUAAUGUUCAUGGGUGGAAACGGGAUGAUGACAAAAGAGCACUAGACUCACUGGGUGGGUUUAAUGUUCAUGGGUGGAAACGGGAUGAUGACAAAAGAGCCCUUGGCUCAUUGGGUGGGUUUAACGUUCAUGGGUGGAAGAGAGACGAUGAUAAAAGAGCACUAGACUCAUUGGGUGGGUUUAACGUUCAUGGGUGGAAGAGAGACGAUGAUAAAAGAGCACUAGACUCAUUUGG